AGCUUGCCUUUUCUCACUAGACAUGCCAAAUGGCUGUGUGGAUACUUUUUUCUUUUUAAGUUGGGGUUUUUUUUGGUUUUUACAAGGAGAAAUGUGGCCGGGCACUCACUGAUCCCACAGCGUACAAGUGAAAACCUGGUGAGCAAAAUGUAGAGCUCCACCAUCCCGUUUAUAUGAGAGAUGAUUUUCUUUCCCUGCUUGCUUGUUUGUUGUUCCAGUGUAAAAUAGGUUUUGUGAUGGUGGUUUCAAAAUUGAACUGUAACGCCUUUAUUUUAAGACAGGAAUUCCAGAUAUUUUUGGGGACUGGGCGAAUCAGUCCUUUUAUAGGAUGUGUCCCAUUAAAUCUCAGAUCCUUAGAAGAUGUGAUUUUAUUCUUUGGUGCAGAAAUAAACUCAGUAAUAUGGGUAGUUUAAAACCUGACCUAUACUCAGAGCUCGAAACCUCUUGAACAGUCUUCAUCACUGACCUGAGACAAUGACCGUCUGUAGCAGCUCAGCAUCAGCUGGAGCAGGGAGGACGUCUGGGCUGAUGUGGAGCUCACAACAGAUGCAGAGCCUUCUGCAGGGCAGGGACAACAGGAAUUGGCUUUUUGAGUGCAUAUGCCUCCAUUUAGCCCCAUAAAGAAAAUAACUCUGAAAUUAACAUUCAGAACAGUUACUAAUUAAAGUUCUAUUACAAAGCUAAUCACGUUAUGCUGAUGCGCCAUAUGGACCAUUUAAAAAUUGGAAAUGCUUGAAAUAAAUUGUUCCUGACGUGUUGUUUAAUAAAACGCAUAUUUAGAGUUUCCUCAUGUAAUACGUUCACGCUUUGGAUAGUCUAGACUGGCUGGGGUACUUGGCAGCACCCUGCCAGUAGCCUGUACUUUGGGAGUAACCACGCAGUUGUUUUUCCUACCUUCUAGUGCGAGGUUGCUUUCACUGUAUGAAACUAUAGCGACACGUGAACCUGUUACCAUGGGUUACUGCUUGCGUAUUUCCAAACCCAUUUACUCUGCAAUCAAUAUAAGGUCUGAAUCAUUUUUUUUAAAAAUUACUUUACAUUUAAAUUCUGGGGUUUUUUUUAAGUCCUGUAUUAAACUUGGUGCCUUCACCUCCUAGUGAAUCCUUAAGAAGAGCAUAUACAUUCUUACAAUGUGCUUUAUUUAUAUCGUGUAUAACUCAGUGUAGAACCAAAAGAGGAAGGAAAUUUGUGAAGACUGUACCACAGAAGAGAAGGGGGAGGGAGAAUGAAAGGAAGAAAAGCUAUUAUGUUCUGCCUGUGACAUUUUUGACCAAGGCACUGGAAUCCAUGUACCUCCUAAGCCUGUCCAUCUCAAACCUGGGCAGGAAAGAAUUCCUCCUGCACCUUCUCGGCCUUUGCCAGCUGAUCCCAAGUCGUCGAGGAGCUUAGCACCUGGAGAGGAAGAAAUACCAGUAUCAGCAGGAGUCAACACACUCAUUGAGAAAUUUGAAAGUAUUAGGCAACCUGUGCAUAUUCUUCAAAGAAACCAGCUAAAUUUAGCUCUUAAGAUGGAACCUGGCCUAGACUCAUCCAAACAGCCGAGCUCGUGUGACUGUGAUACGGUGGCUUCCAGCAGCUCUUCCACAAACGAAAAAAGUGAACCGGAUGAAAAUGAGCCAGACGUACUGUGCAGCGUGGAUCUGUCUAACACAGACAUAAUGAAAAUUAAAGAGCUAAGCAUAGGCGAUAACAAAAGCCAUGAAGACUGCACUGCUGUGACUGUGAGCAAAGAGCCCUCUGGAGAGCUUGGCAAUAAAGACUCAACUGCAGAACUGAACGGUAAUGGUAAAAUUCCCAACAGAGACAGUGGCAUUGACAGUCCUUCUUGUAGCGUGGCAGGGGAGACUUUCCCCAGCGAAGAAGGUGCCGAGCAGAAGAAGCCCAGUGUAGCUGGGAACCCAGGGGAGAUGGAACCUGACAAAAAAGGCACCAAACCUGCCUCUGCCGAACAGAAGAGAGACUCUACGCAGGAUGAAGACAGUGACAUUGACGAGGGAAGCAGCGAGGAGCAAGAGGCGGCAGAAGCACCAAAGUUAGAGUAUUUGGAUGUAAACAAGUGUACAGAGCCCCAAAAGCUAUUCAACAUUGCAAAUGAACUGCUCCAUACCGAAGAAGCAUAUGUUAAAAGACUCCAUCUGUUGGACCAGGUUUUUUGCACUAAGUUGUCAGAAGCGGGUAUUUCAUCUGAAGUGAUAACGGGCAUCUUUUCAAAUAUUUCUUCCAUCUAUUGUUUCCAUGGACAAUUUCUUCUUCCUGAGCUCAAAGCAAGAAUUACACAAGAAUGGAACAUCAACCCACGACUAGGAGAUAUCCUACAGAAACUUGCUCCUUUUCUGAAGAUGUAUGGAGAAUAUGUAAAGAACUUUGACAGGGCAAUGGACAUGGUGAACACAUGUAUGCAGAGGUCCUCUCCGUUCAAAGAUGUUGUUCAGAACAUACAGAAACAGGAGGUGUGUGGGAACCUGACAUUACAGCAUCACAUGCUUGAACCAGUGCAAAGGAUUCCUCGUUACGAGCUUCUCCUAAAGGACUAUUUAAAGAAACUUCCAGAAGAGUCUCCAGACAGGAAAGAUGCUGAAAAGUCACUGGAGCUCAUAUCUACAGCAGCGAACCAUUCGAAUGCAGCGAUCCGAAAGAUGGAAAAGAUGCACAAGCUUUUGGAAGUCUAUGAACGACUCGGUGGUGAAGAGGAUAUUGUUAACCCAGCCAAUGAGCUCAUUAAAGAAGGACACAUUCAGAAACUUUCAGCAAAGAAUGGCACUGCGCAGGAUAGAUAUUUGUUCCUGUUUAACAGCAUGGUGCUAUACUGUGUGCCAAAACUGAGACUGAUAGGCCAGAAGUUCAGUGUUCGAGAGAAGAUGGACAUUGCAGGACUACAGGUCCAAGAAAUUGCCAAGCAGAACGUGGCUCAUACAUUUUCAAUAACAGGAAAAAAGAGAUCACUGGAACUACAAGCUAGAACAGAAGAGGAGAAGAGGGAAUGGAUUCAGGUCAUUCAAGCAACAAUUGAAAAGCACAAACAGAACAGCGAGACAUUUAGAGCUUUCAAUAGCUCUUUUUCUCAAGAGGAGGAGCAUCUUCCCGAUUCCUCAACAGCAAGCACCAGCUCGGUGGAAUCGAUGCCAGGAGCAGAUGGUGGUGGUGUGUUUGGAGGGAGUGAUUCCUGUAGGAAAUCUUCCAAAUCCAAGCGAGACAAGGAGAAACAGACCUGCAAGAGCUGCAGCGAAAGCUUCAACUCCAUCACUAAAAGGCGACACCACUGUAAGCAGUGUGGGGCCGUGAUCUGUGCAAAAUGCUCUGAGUUUAAAACACUUGCAGAUAACAGCCGUCACAAUCGAGUGUGUAAAGAGUGUUUUCUGCAGUUACCAGCAAGCCCAUGCAGCCCUGGAGUGGAAGCAGUCGGAGAACAAAAGAAAAGACUAGCUGCAGAGAAGCAAAGCAUCUUAGCAGCCGAAAAUAGCCUCUUCAGCAGCUACCUCCAGUUCCUUGAAAAAGGGAAGACUUGGUACAGAAUGUGGGUGACCAUCCCCAAGACUGAACCUCUUGUUCUGUAUCUGCAAGGAAGUAGCCAGGAUGGACGGAGCCUACGUCCUAUUCCUUUGCUGGGAUACGAAGUCAGUUUACCAAGUUCUGGUGAGAAGUUUGAAGUGAAGCAUGUUUUUAAGCUUUGCCAGUCCCAGCAAACUCUGUAUUUCAGUGCGGAAGAUGAAGAACUGCAGAUGAAAUGGAUGGAAAUUCUCACCAAAGCAGCCAAAGGGGAAACUGAAGAUGUAACUGAAGGGCUUGGCAACCCAUAGAGCAAGUUCUGUUUAGUUUCUUUGCUACACGCUAUAAACCAUCACUUGAAUUUGGUAUUCAUGGCACUUUGGAAUCUGUAUGGCUUUAUAUUUUCAUGUGUCUGCAUAGGAAAUUCAGUGGUUUCUCUCCUUUUAUUGUACAUUUCUCACAUACGGUAGUUACCUGGCAUGUGUUAUGUUAAAGGAAAAGGUAGUUGUAGUUGUUGGUGGUGUCGAUGCUGGUUUUAAAACAAAAGACAAGGAGAAAAGCAUUAAUUUUAACAAAGCUAAUGGAAAACCAUCAGUCUCUUGUUUUCCUAAAUGUAUAUUUUCCAGUCCUUUUGAUUGCUGUUCAGUGCAGGAUGUGUAUAGUCUGUGAUUAGUUCUAUAAAUGCUGCCUUUAAGUUAAAUGUUGUAAAGGCUUGUGCUGGCCACUGACAUUCCGUUCUCUGUCCUUUCUCUCCUGGUAAAAGGUCUUUGUGAAAUGUGAGCAAUGUACUGAAUAUUUUCUCUUUGCUAAAACUAUGUCUCUGCUAUUUUGAGAUGACCUGUUCACAAGACAAAUACUGUAGAAGGGACUUCUAAAAAUGACUGCAAACUGUGCAGAAAAUAACAUUAAGAAGCCUCAUUGAUUUUAAGCAUUUAUAAUAUUGUUUUGUUUUCUUUUGAAACCAAUACCUUCCUUCCUUCUAUUUGAACCCAUUUUGAUGUAAGUGAACAAACAUUUUAUACUGCAAACUGGGUUGUGAUCAAUAAACAAGAACAUUUUUAGUACA